CUGCGUCUGAACAGACUUUCAGUGCUUUGACUCUCGCGCUGUCAAAUUUCAAUUACUUCCCCGAUGUUCCUGUAUUGUUUUCCUGCAACGGCGACAACGGGGGUAGCAGAAAGUUGAAACAAACCUCAAAAUUGUUGACAUCCCAUUUGCAUCCCAUUUCCUUCAGUGGGUAUUGGUUUCCCAGGCUAACUGCUUCUGAAUAGAUCUUUGUAUUGGUUCAAUGGACUCUCGGGCUGUCCAACUUUCGAUUACUUACCUGAUUUUCCUGCUGUCGUCCUGCGGGGAAUCGUUAAUUAGAUGUACUCAAUCCCCCUGGAUCCGAAUCUCCGAGCUCACUCAGAACAGAUGCAAAUUUCUCUUCGCUCUGUGAAGCUUGUUGCUUCUGCUACCGGCUCUCUCGUCCUGCGUUAUUACUCUCUCGCUCGUUAUCUCUGGAUAUCGGAAUCCCUUCAAGAGAAUACCGAUAUAGUCCAAGACCACAAGUCAUCCAUUGUGGCCACCAUACAUUCGUUCCUUGAACACAUAUCCUAUGCUACACCAACAGUAGCUUGCUCGCGCCGGCGGCAACUGGUCUCUGCACUAGACAGCACUCUUCUCUCUUGCGGAGUCUCAACAAGGGGGGUUCCCUCCUUCCGGUAUCAUGAACGCGUGUGCGAGCAUGCCGCAGCCAUGUCAGAACUUAGUUUUCAUGACCAUGAUUUUGAGACCCAGGUACAGAUAGCCAAAUUUACCUGGUUCAUGAUCUAUAUAGACGACCUCUCGUCUCGAAUGCCUUCUGCCCUGGAAGACUUCCAGUCCAAGCUUUUUAGCCGUGAGCUACCAAACGAUCCGGUUCUUCAGCUACUCACGGAACAUCUCUCUGACAUGUAUCGCUUUUGGGACCCUCUUCCCGCGAAUUGCAUCACUGGUGCAACGCUCGAAUUCGUCACGGGAUGUGCCUUGGAGAUCAACGCCGAGAUCCAGAGAAUCGAGCCUAGUUCAUCACCAUCUUCAUGGCCGUAUUAUCUGCGCGCAAAGACAGGCGUAGCACCCGCUUAUGCAUUCAUGAUCUUCAAAACGAUAUCCGGGAGCAUGUCGCGCUACAUGCAAGUUAUCGCAGAUAUAUGCCUUUUCAUCGAUUUGACCAAUGAUGUAUUGUCGUUUUACAAGGAGGAACUGGCCGGAGAAACCGUCAAUUAUAUUCACAAUCGGGCUGCGGUUGUUGGAAAACUACCUAUAGACGUUGUAUCCGAGGUUGCAUCUGAGGCAUUGGCUGCGUAUGACCGGGUAACAGCGGCUCUCCAGCCCACCUUCCAAUCCGACGAUGCUAUUCGCGCAUGGAAAACUUUCGUAAAUGGAUACGUAGCCUUUCAUAUGACCCAAGAUCGAUACCAACUGAAAGAGCUUUUCUAAUGGUUGGAGAGCCGCGUCGACUCACGUUAUUUAUGCAUUGGGACAAUGUCUCUUUGUAUUGAAAUUCAUGCAGACUGUUAUCGGGGUAGUACUGUUGGGAUACUACUGUACAUGCAGGCCAUUAAGUUAUCGUCAUACCCUUG